AUGGCAUUUGCUUUUAUGUGUAUAGGCUGCACGAUUAACUAUCCGGCCACUCUUGCUGUACAAGCUCAAACAUUUGCCGAGUAUAUGUUUCAGGGAAUCGGCAUCGAACUUGACGACACAUCAGCUUUUUGGGCAAAGAAGUUAGUCGGCUUUGCCUUGAUAUGGUUGUUGCUGUUUUUGAAUUUUUUCUCGUUGAAAACGUUCGUUUCGCGAUUUCAAAUCGCCGCCUCCAUUGCAAAGUUCGCAGCUACUGGUUUAGUCAUCGGAACCGGCUUCUAUCUGCUCAUAUUCAAAGGAGAGACGAAAAACAUACAAAGUCCAUUUGUGGGAACUGACUGGAAUAUCGGUACCAUUGUAUCAGCACUGUUCGCCUGCCUAUUCGCCUACGAUGGCUGGGACAUUCUUAACUUUGGAGCUGAGGAAAUCGAGAAACCAAAACGAACCAUGCCGUUGGCUAUUGUGAUCGGUAUGGUGUGUAUCGCCUUAAUUUACGUCGCCGUCAAUUUUGCUUACUUUGUCGUCCUCAGUCCUACGCAGAUCUUAAGCAGUGAAGCUGUUGCAAUGAACCAAUUAUUCGAUAAAUUCGUGAAAAUUUUCUCAAUCGCAUCCGCUUCUCAUAUUUUUGUGGCAAUCUCAAUAGAAUAA